GGCGGCCUUCGGCCCGGGUCCAUCAAGCUGGCGUGAUGCUGCCCCAUCCCGUGAUGUCCUUCCCGCGCCUGCUCUGUGCUGUGGCCUCCCAGCGGCUGGCCCCCUGGAGAGGCAGUGGAAGCAGCCCCCUGCACACGACCCCAGCUGUCUGUGCUGACGGGAGCGCCCCGGUGUACACCCGCGCCCUGGCUUUUGCGGACAGGAUUGCUCUGGUUGACCAGCAUGGCCAGCACACGUACAGGGACCUUUACAACCACAGCCUGCGCCUGUCCCGGGAGCUGUGCCGUCUCCUCGAGCGUGCUGACGGGGACCUCCAGGAGGAGAGGGUCUCCUUCCUGUGCUCCAACGAUGUCUCCUACGUGGUGGCACAGUGGGCCUCGUGGAUGGGUGGAGGCAUUGCUGUCCCCCUCUACCGGAAGCACCCCCAGGCUGAGCUGGAGUAUUUCAUCCAGGACUCCCGGAGCGCUGUGGUCCUCGCCAGCCAGGAGUACCUGGAACUCCUGCGCCCGGUGGUCAGGAAGCUGGGGGUCCCCCUGCUGCCCCUCCCACCCACGGUCUAUGGUACGGCCCCUGAGGAGCCUGGGGCGUGGGGGGUGCCUGAGCGGAACUGGAGAGACCGAGGCGCCAUGAUCAUCUACACCAGCGGGACUACGGGGAGGCCCAAGGGCGUGCUGAGCACUCACGGCAACAUCAGGGCCAUGGUGACAGGGCUGGUCCACAAGUGGGCGUGGAGUAAAGACGACGUGAUUCUCCAUGUCCUCCCACUGCACCACGUGCACGGCGUGGUCAACAAGCUGCUGUGUCCACUCUGGGUGGGGGCCACCUGUGUGAUGCUCCCCGAGUUCAACGCACAGCUGGUUUGGGAAAAGCUCUUAGGUGGUGAGAGUCCGCGGAUUAACGUGUUCAUGGCGGUGCCCACGAUCUACGCCAAGCUGACGGAUUACUACGACAGACAUCUCACCCUGCCUCACGUCCAGGCUUUUAUCCGCGCAGUUUGUGAGCAGAGAAUUAGGUUGAUGGUCUCAGGGUCGGCCGCCCUGCCCCUGCCCGUGCUGGAGAGGUGGCAGGGCAUCACGGGCCACACUCUACUGGAGCGCUACGGCAUGACGGAGAUCGGCAUGGCCCUGUCCAACCCCUUGACCGCCGCGCGUGUGCCAGGCUCCGUGGGGACCCCGCUGCCAGCCGUUGAGGUGCGCAUAGUCUCAGAAAACCCGAAGAAGGAGGGCUGCCCCUACGUGCUCCACGCAGAAGGAAACGAAAGGGAGACGCAGGUGACCCCAGGGUUCAAGGAGAAGGAAGGGGAGCUGUUGGUCAGAGGGCCAUCUGUGUUCCGAGAAUACUGGGACAAACCAGAAGAAACGAGACGUGCCUUUACCUGGGAUGGCUGGUUCAAGACAGGUGACACGGCAGUGUUUAAGGACGGCACCUACUGGAUCCGGGGCCGCACGUCCGUGGACAUCAUCAAAAGCGGUGGCUACAAGGUCAGCGCCCUGGAGGUGGAGCGGCUGCUGCUGGCGCACCCCAGCAUCACAGAUGUGGCUGUGAUUGGAGUUCCAGACAUGACGUGGGGCCAGCGGGUCACUGCAGUGGUGACCCUUCAAGAGGGACACUCGCCGUCCCACAGGGAGCUCAAAGAGUGGGCAAGGGGUGUCCUGGCCCCGUAUGCUGUGCCCUCGGAGUUCCUGCUGGUGGAGGAGAUCCCGCGGAACCAGAUGGGGAAGAUCAACAAGAGGGACCUCAUCAGGCAGUUCUACCCGGGUGACCAGGGUGCCCCGAAGCCGGGCACCAGUGAGCCAGCAUCCCCUUUAAGCUAGAGGGCCUCCCGCAGAGGGAACAGAGUGGGGCCGACAGAAGUGAGGGCACGGCGAGGCCUCGUCAGCCCCAGCUGGCUUUCGGUCGGACCUCUGCUCCAUCCCCACCCCACGCUGGCGCCUGGCCCCGUGUGCUGUCUGCCGGGCGGGCCCCCGUGGGGCUCAGCAGUGUCCCCAAGGGCAGCAGGCCUCCCAGCAAAACUCAGGAAACUGUCUGUACCACACCCACUCCACGUGGCCGGGCUUCCAGCUCCCGUGGCCUUCCUCGUGGUACCUGGACCCACAUGCCACUGGAAAAUCAGGUCGAGCUGUGUGGGGUCCUCACUUAAUCCAACUGAUCUGACAUUGUAUCUCUCAAUACUGAACAUUUUGAUUCCCAAAAAUAUUACGUAAUUAUUUGGUUUA